AUGCAUAUGCCUUUCUACUUCGCCCGGGAUAACACCGAGUGUCCGUCGGGCACCCAGUAUUAUACCUGUGCCAAGAGCAACUACAAAGGGUGCUGUACGGUGGACGCCUGUGACUUCGACAAUGGCUGCCCGGACAACUCAUCGCCGGGUGCGUCCACAUCAACGCCGACCAAUCCGGCUACAACUGCAACGCCGACGAAAUCCUCAAGCUCUUCAGGUUCCUCAACGCCUACACCAUCUUCCUCCUCCUCAUCCUCCUCCUCUUCCUCCUCACAUUCGUCGUCAUCUACACGUCCCUCUUCUUCUUUGCCCACAUCAUCCGCAACUGCGAGUACGUCAGUGGGUGCACCGCCGGCAAAGGAAACCGAUCCAUCCGGCAAUGACGGCAGUCAGUCAUCCUCGCAUCAUCUUUCUGGUGGAGCCAUUGGCGGCAUCGUGACCGCCGGUGUGAUUGCCUUCAUAGUGCUGUUUUGCCUCGUUCUCUGGCGGAUGCGCCGCCGCAACCAGCAGCUGAAGGAGAUGGCAGAAGCCGCACAAGCCACCGCCGCCGGCCAGCAACAGCCACCCACGAACGGCUCUGUGUUCCCCCAGCUAACCCCAUCACCGGCCAAUCCUCUAGGCACACCGGGCAUAGACGAAAAGUUUUCCAGUGCCAAUGUGUCCCAGAGAGAGAACCUAAUGAUCAACGAUGCAAAUGGCGUCGCGAAUACCAAAGUUGCCGAGUUGCAAGGCAACUCGCCGGCCAGCACAACCAUACCGCUCUUUGGCGAAGCAACAACAGGCAGCCAAGAAGAAGCCAUUGCCCGGUGGGGUUUGCACGGCGCCCGCAUGAUGGCUCUGCACAAUGCGGGACUACGUCGUGCCGCAGGUGCCGAAGGUGUAGAACCAGUUGUUGACUAUGGAGGAAACUACCUGGGCCCGGUGUCAGAGUUGGAACCUGGUAUUGCACCGGCGCCGCUCCACGUAGGCCCGAACGCACACGUUGCUGAGCUGGACGGCCAACGGCCGGCCGUCGUCUCUGAGCUGGAGACGCCGCAGCCCACGCCGCAGGCUACGCCCCAGCCCACGCCCAUGUCCACACCGGGCAUCGGCUCGUACUCGCCGUCGCUGUCCGCCGACAGCAGCCAUGUCGGAGGGCGGUCAACCAUGGUCUCGCCCUGGCGCAACUCCAGUCGCACGUUGAAUAGCGAGGUCAACACCAUCACUGAGGAAGGCGGCAGCGAAAGCGGCGCGGCAGCGGGCGGUGCAGCCUAUUUGCAGCCAAGCCCGAUUCCGUCGCCGUCUCUGCAGCCGCCGCACUCACCUUCGCGCAGCGUGUCGACCACCGAACCGCCACGGGCCACGCUCGAUCUGUCACAGACGGAGAGAAGUCGGGGUGUGAACGUGACGAGCUGGGGGUCGUAUAAACCUUGA